AUGGGACUGUUGCUACGGUUCAAGCUCUGGAAUGACGCCAAGAAGGAGGUUGCUCGUUUGAAGGCGGAGGGGCGGCUGGAGGAGGAGGUAGCAUCGGUGCUGCAGCAGAUGGCGAAGCAGGAGGGCAGGGAGGGGAGGCGGCAGGUGCAAGCAGAGCAGAUUCUCAAGACAUCAGUUGACGACGAUGCUGACGGUGCUGCUGGUGGGAGUGAGAGCAAGGGUGGUGGUGCUGCUGGGGGAGAGGAGGCGGGGAUAGGAAAGGGGGAAGAUGGUGAGUCUGGGAGCGGAAGCAGCAAGGCAGCAGAAGCGCCAAAAAGAAACCGGCCUGUUAGAGUGGAGUAG